AUGGGGGAGCUCAAGUAUUUUUUGGGCAUUGAGUUUUCAAGAAGUAAGGAAGGGAUUUUGUUACAUCAAAGGAAGUAUUCCCUCGAACUUAUCUCUGAUGUUGGUUUGGCAGGGGAAAAACCUGUAGGGGCUCCUGUUGAGGUGAAUCAGAAGUUAACUACAGCUGAAUUUGAUCAUCAAUUUGGGCUUACCAAUGAUACUUUGCUUGCUAAUCCUGGAGCCUAUCAGAGAUUGAUUGGUAGGCUAUUUUACCUCAAUAUUACUAGGCCAGAUAUCUCCUUUGAUGUGCAAUGUUUAAGCCAAUUCAUGUAUGCUCCUAAGACAUCACACCUCGAAGCUGCCUUAAGAGUGAUUAGAUAUUUGAAGAAGAAUCCUGGUCUAGGAAUCCUUAUGUCAUCUACUGGUUUUACCAAGUUGCAAGCUUAUUGUGAUGCUGAUUGGGCCUCUUGCCCAAAUACAAGGAAGUCAGUGACUGGUUAUAUGGUCACACUUGGUGAUUCUCUCAUCUCUUGGAAAUCCAAGAAGCAAAAUACUAUCUCUCGUAGUUCAGCUGAAGCAGAGUACAGGAGUUUGGCAUCAACUGUGGCAGAGAUAAUAUGGUUGGUUGGUCUGUUCAAUGAAUUGGGAGUCUCUCUCACUUUGCCUAUUCCACUCUAUUGUGACAGUAAAUUUGCCAUGCAAAUUGCUGCGAAUCCAGUUUUUCACGAAAGGACUAAACACAUUGAUAUUGAUUGUCAUUUCAUUCGUGAGAAGGUACAACAUGGAUUGAUUGAAACUGUGUAUCUGCCUUCUGCUGAGCAACCAGCAGAUCUAUUGACAAAGGGGUUAAGCUGCAUUUAG